AUGGUCAGGGAAAUUCAUGCAUCUGUGCAAAGUCUUGUUCGGCCCAAUCAAUUGUUUGCUGAUGCAGUAGAUGUUAGGCAAGAAAUAGAUCUUCGGAUUGGUGCUUCUUUCACUAGGUUUCAGACGAUUCUGUUGAGAGAUGCAUUUGUUCUUGAUGUUGCUACGGAUGACAGAAAUCUUGUUUUAAGUUAUGGUCCUUGCCAGUUCCCUACGCUUGGCUUUGUUGUGGAACGGUACUGGGAGAUACAAUCUCAUGAACCUGAAGAGUUCUGGACACUCAAUUUUACUCACAACUCGCAAGAAGGGACUGCUAUCUUCAAUUGGAUGCGUGGGCAUUUGUUUGAUUACACAUGUGCAGUAAUAAUCUAUGAAAUGUGUGUUCAGGAUCCUCUUGCAACUGUUUCGAAGGUUAGACAGCAGGAGAAGCUGAAAUAUCCACCCCAUCCUUUAAGUACUAUUGAGCUUGAGAAACGAGCAUCCCGUUAUUUCCGAAUAAGUUCUGAACACACUAUGAAGGUAGCAGAAGAUCUUUACCAAGCUGGUUUCGUCAGUUAUCCUCGUACAGAGACUGACUGCUUUUCAGAGAGCGCUGAUUUGCAUGUGGGUAACCCUUUAGCUCUGUUGACAAUGUGUAUAAUGUGUUUUGCCAAGGGAGGAGUCAUUAACGGACUUUGUGAUAAUCAGCAGGAAAUAUUUUUAUUAAUAUAG